GCAGGGAGAAGGAUACCCGACAGCUGACAGGACAUUCAAUUCUCUGCAAACCUACUGUAGGAGGAACAUUAACUAACCAUGUUGAAGAGAGAGGUUAUGACCUACCAGAGCCUGACAGUUACCGUACUCCGAGCAAUAAACAACUGCUCUCAUGAUUAUUGGUCUGAGUCCGACUGUUAUGUUACUGUAGGUCUCCCCACAGCGUCUGCCAGGACCCUCUGUACUAAAACUGUGCCCAACAGCAAGACCCCAGAGUGGAAUGAGAGUUUCCAAUUCAGGGUCCACAGUCACGUCAAGAAUAUCGUGGAGUUGAAAGUGUACGAUGAGGACAGUUUCAUUGGCAAUGACGAUGACCUGUGCUCCACCGUAGUGUUUGACAUCAAUAACCUCAUCCCUGGGAAGAAGGAGACCAAGACCUUCAUCUGUGAACCGACCAAAGAUGAAUUGUGGGUUGAGUUUGAGUUGCUGGAGAGUAAAGAGCCUGCUGGCGAGUAUCUCUCUAAUGGUGUACUCGUGGCCUCCCCAUUCUCUACUGUGGAUGUGAAUAUAGAAAAGCUGAUGACCACUGCCAUGGAGCAGAAUGUGGUCCUGAAAAUGAGUGGGGCCUUUCCAGAAGAGCAUAAGAUUCUUGCUCCUCAAAAAACAUCCAACCUGACCAAAACUCUGCGCUACUACAUCAACAGAGACCUGGAGACAGAGCUUUGCGUGAGGGAUAAAUUGGGUGAGGUAGAAGAUCCAAAUGUCACUGGCUUAUCUACUGUUCCACUCCUGCAACUUCCAGCCAGUAAUGAUUUCAAAGUAUCUUUACCUGUGGGAGAGGACAUGGUGGAUCUACAUUUGAGAACAGAGGACUGCCCAGACAUUGAAUUUGAGGUGCGUCUUGAUUUUGACAUCCCUUCGGAGGAAAAAGAAUUCCUGAAUAAGAGAAAGGUGCUAGUGGGUCAGGCCUUACGAAAAGAGUUGGGUCUCACCUCUCCUCCUGACCCUAAAAAGUUGCCUGUUGUAGCUGUGGUUGGCUCAGGGGGAGGGACCAGAGCAAUGACCGGCCUGUAUGGCAGUCUGAAGGGGCUGCAGAGACUGGGCCUACUGGACGCUGUGAGCUACAUCACUGGUGUGUCAGGCUCCACAUGGGCCUUAGCCACCCUGUAUCAGGAAGCAGAUUGGUCACAGCGUGAUAUGGAUGAGUCCAUCUCGGCUAUGGAGGAGGAAAUCACCAAGAGUAUCCUCAGUGCCUUCACCACUGAGAAGCUGCUGUACUACAAACACCAGAUGGCAGAGAAAGAGAAGGAGGGACAUAUGGUGUCACUCAUAGACAUGUGGGGUCUGGUCAUUGAGCACUGCCUUCAUGGGAAGAAGAAAACCAGUACCCUGUCUGACCAGCAGAAGGCAGUAUCAGAGGGCCAGAACCCUUUACCCAUCUGUACUGCUGUCAACCUAAAGGACGGAGCGAAAGGCACCACAACAGAGUUUGAGUGGUGUGAGUUCACACCAUAUGAGGUGGGCUUCCCAAAGUAUGGGGCCUAUGUCCAUGCGGAGGACUUUGGGAGUGAAUUCUACCUUGGUCACCUGGUCAAGAAACAUCCAGAGAUAUGUAUCGCCUCUCUGCUUGGUCUUUGGAGCAGUGUCUUCUCUCUUAACCUGACCCAGCUUUGGGACUUUGCAACUGGAGGUCAAACAUCCUGGAGCACAUGGCUGGGGGAAGAAGUCAACAAAAUAGAAUUUGACAAUGAACCAACCACCCUGGACACCUACCUCUUCAAGCCUAUCACUAACACUGCCUCAGCGCUGACCAGCUUCUUUACCAGCCGGCCAGUCAUCACUCAGAUCUACAACUUCAUGCGUGGGUUCUUCCUGCACCGGAACUACAAUGACAACAGCAACUUUACAUCCUGGAAAGAUAUGCAUCCAGAUGCCUUCCCCAACAGACUGACUCCAGCUGACCCCACACUCUACCUGGCGGACUCUGGGUUCUCCAUCAACACAGGCUGUCCCCCUGUCUUGAGACCAGAGAGGGGUGUUGAUAUCAUCAUGUCCCUCAACUAUUCGUGGUGUGAGGACCAAUUCAAAGUCCUAAAGAGGACUGAGGUUUACUGCAAAGACCACAGCAUCCCCUUCCCCCGCAUUGACUUCAGCAGCCUGGAGGGACAGCCCCUGAAAGAGCUCUACAUCUUUGAGGAGGAGGAGAACCCCAAGGCUCCCAUAGUCCUUCACUUCCCUUUAGUCAACAUCUCAUUCAAAGAGUUCAAGGCCCCUGGUGUGGCACGUAAGGGUGAGGAGGAGAGGAAGGCAGGGGAUGUUGACAUUAGCUCAAGCAGCUCCCCCUACCUCACUAAACAUCUCACCUACACAGCAAAGGACUUCCGAGCACUGACAGACCUUACCUCAUACAACAUCCAGAACAACAAGGAGCAGAUCCUCCAGGCUCUCGGGAAGGUCCUCGAAAGGAAGGUGCCUGUGGAAGAAUCAGACCACCAUGAGCAGCACUCAUAUCAUUGAACAGGGGCCCUUCCAUGGAGGAAGAGAGAGAACAACAUGCAUACAGAGCAGAUUUAGAGGAGCAACUCUAACCGCAAUUUCUUGGUGGUGCGUCCUAAGCCGUGUUUCUAAACGUUUAAAGGGGAGAAUGCAUUUUGUUGUAACUUUGAGUUCUUGUUUCCGAGCUCGUGGGUUGUUUUUCUAGACUGUCUUUUUUUACAUUCUACCUUUAUGAACCUUACUGUAUGUUUCAUAUUAUGAAUUGUAUCUUGUUGAGUUCAUUUUAGCACAGAACUCCUGUGUGUUUAUACACACAUAGUAUUUUCUCUCUUGGAGGUUAUUCUGGAGACACAUGUAACCACGUUAAAUCGUAUUCCUUGAUAGUAAUUUACUCUGCUUUAUUAUGUACCAUGUCUUCAAUGUAUACUGUUGUUGUUUGAAAGUUAAUUAAUUCAUGACUAAUAAAUCUAUUAGUUGAUUUGA